AUGUCUUCUUCACCCAAAGAGCCCAUUGCCAUUGUUGGCAGCGCCUGUCGAUUCCCUGGAGAUGCUACAUCUCCUUCCAAGCUAUGGGAACUGCUCAAGGAGCCCCGCGAGGUGGCCCGGCCUAUCGACCGUUUCGCGGCCUCGAGCUUCUACCACCAAGAUGGUCACUACCACGGCGCCAGCAACGUCCGCGACGCUUACCUCCUCUCCGAAGACCCCCGCUACUUCGAUGCCCAGUUCUUCAACAUCCCCCCUGGUGAGGCCGACUCCAUCGACCCUCAGCAGCGCACAGUCCUCGAGACUGUGUACGAAGCCGUUGAAUCCUCUGGCCUGGUGCUUGAGGACAUGCGCGGCUCAGACACGGCCGUCUACGUUGGUGUCAUGUGUGACGACUACGGCAACAUUUGCUACGUCGACCAGGAGGCGGUCCCAACGUACGCUGCCACCGGCACGGCCCGUAGCAUUCUGUCCAACCGUGUCUCCUUCACCUUCGACUGGCGGGGUCCGUCCAUGACCAUUGACACGGCCUGCUCGUCGUCCCUGGUCGCUAUCCACCAGGCCGUGCAGGUUCUGCGCAGCGGAAACUCCAACGUCGCCGUGGCCGCCGGUGCCAACUUGAUUUUCAGCCCGAACAUGUUCAUCGCUGAGUCGAACUUGAACAUGCUUUCCCCUACGGGCAAGUCCCAGAUGUGGGACGCCAACGCCAACGGUUACGCCCGUGGAGAGGGUAUCGCCGCUGUCAUCAUGAAGCGUCUGUCCGACGCCAUCCGCGACGGUGACCACAUUGAGUGCGUCAUCCGCGAGACGGGCUGCAACCAGGACGGUCACACGCCCGGUAUCACCAUGCCGAGCCAGGAGGCUCAGACCAAGCUGAUUCACGACACAUACCGUCGUGCCGGCUUGGACCUGAGCAAGCCCGAGGACCGUCCUCAGUACUUCGAGGCUCACGGCACUGGUACCAAGGCUGGUGACGGUGUCGAGUCCAAGGCCAUCUACCGCGCCUUCUUCCCUGAGGGCCAGACCACUGACGAGCGUCUGUGGGUUGGCUCCAUCAAAACCAUCAUCGGACACACCGAGGGUACCGCCGGUAUCGCCGGUGUCAUGAAGGCCUCCCUGGCCAUCCAGAACAAGACCAUCCCGCCAAACUUGCACCUCAAGACCCUCAACCCGGAGAUUGUCCCGUACUACGGCAAGCUGCAAAUCGCCAAGACUGCGCAGGACUGGCCCGCGCUGCCCGCCGGCGCCGUUCGUCGUGCCUCCAUCAACUCCUUCGGUUUCGGUGGCACCAACGCUCACGCCAUUAUUGAGGCGUACGAGCCUAAGGUCUCUCCCGUGCAGGCGCAGGCUGCGGCCAAGGCUGCUAUUGCCUUGCCCCUCACCUUUUCCGCCACCACGGAGACGUCUCUCACCAACCUCAUGGCCAAAUACGUCGAGUACCUGACGGAGAACCCCGAUGUCGACCUCACCAGUCUGGCCUUCACCCUGCACGACCGCCGUUCCACCUUUGCGUACCGCAGCCACAUUGCUGGCCAGUCAGUUGAGGAGAUCUUGCCCAAGCUACAGAAGGCGGUUGAGGAGCAGCAAUCUGGCAACUCGGCCAGCGUCGUCCGCGGUACUUCGGCCAAGAAGCACCUGCUCGGUGUCUUCACCGGCCAGGGCGCUCAGUGGGCGACCAUGGGUCGUGAGCUGAUUCGCGCCUCAAAGUUCGCCCAGGACAUCAUUGGCAAGCUCGAGCAGUCCCUCGCCGAGCUCCCUGCCUCUGACCGCCCGUCCUGGUCUAUCAUGGAGCAGCUGAUGGCGGACCCGGCUCAGUCUCGCAUUGCUGAGGGUGAAGUGUCCCAGCCACUGUGCACUGCCGUUCAGGUCGUCCUGGUCGAGGUGCUUAAGCGGGCUGGCAUCACUUUCGAUGUCGUCGUCGGCCACUCCAGUGGUGAAAUUGGUGCCGCGUACGCCGCCGGCUUCUUUAGCGCCACUGAUGCCAUCCGCAUUGCCUUCUACCGUGGUCGCUACGCCUUCAUGGCGAAGGGUCCUGAGGGCCAGAAGGGUGGUAUGUUGGCUGCUGGUACCACUCUUGAGGAUGCUCGCGAGCUGGUCGAGCUCCCCGCCUUUGAGGGUCGCGUCUCCGUCGCCGCAUACAACUCCGACGCCAGCGUCACCCUCUCCGGUGACCUUGACGCCAUUGACGAGGUCAAGGAGGUCCUGGACGACGAGCGCGUCUUCAACCGUAAGCUCAAGGUUGACACCGCGUACCACUCGCACCACAUGCUCCCCUGCUCCGCCAAAUACUAUGAGGCUCUGGACAACUGCAAGGUACAGAUCCUGAAGCCCUCUGGUGAGACCAAGUGGUACUCGUCUGUGUACGACGGCAAGCUCAUGGAGCCUUGCGAGGAGCUCAAGCACACGUACUGGGUCGACAACAUGGUCAACAUUGUCCUGUUUGCUACCUCCCUCAAGUCUGCUCUCCACAAUGCCGUGCCUCAACCCACUCAGGUCAUUGAAGUCGGUCCCCACCCCGCCCUCAAAGGUCCGGCCUCCAACGUUAUCGAGGAGGUGCUCAAGACCGCGCUGCCUUACACCGGCACCCUUGCUCGUGGCCAGAACGACCUCAAUGCCGUGGCCUCCACCCUCGGAUCCCUCUGGGCUCAGUUUGGCCGCAGCUCCGCCGACUGGAAGGGUUACUCGCAGGUCUUCUCCUCGAGCGUGCCUACCAUU